CACCCCACCUCCCUGCCCAAAACACCCCCCACCCUUUUCACACCUUCCCACGUUACCCCUUACUUUUUGGCUUCGCCUUUAUUCUGUCUUCCCAUUAUAGCCCCACUAAUCUUUCCUCUCCUCCCUCUUGAUGCAGAGCUCCGGUGAGCAGAAGCGCCAUCGCGAGGACUCCGACGAGUCGGAGUCGCCGGAGGUCAAGCGCCUCCGGGCAGAUCUUCUCCUCGACAUGCUUGAUGACGAUCCCGGCGCUGGUAACCAGGACCUCGAGUCGGUCAUUAGGAGCUUGGAGAAGGAGAUCGCCUAUCCGUCGCCUCAUUCCAAGCUACAGCACGAGCCGUCGGUCUCGGCGGGACAGCCCGAACUUGGGUAUCUCUUAGAGGCCUCCGACGACGAGCUCGGCCUCCCGCCGACCGCAGCCGCUUCGUCGGCGGACGAGGAUGUAGGAGCCGCUGAAGCGGCGGGGCUGGGAACCGUGGCGGAGCCGGAGGGAGUCGGGUUUGGGCAGAUUUGGGGUUUUGAAGACCCGAUCGAGAGCUACGGGGGGUUCGGCCUGGAGAGAGAGAUGGCGAUGGUGGCGGAGGAGGACGGGCUGGUGUUCGACUACCCCGAGGAGGUAGCAUCGGGGCCAUAUGAUCCAUCUGAUCUCUUGUGGCGCCCGGAGUCGCUUCCCGCCGCCUGAGAUGGCAUCGGCGCUUAUCGAUCUUUUUUAAGGUUUUGUAGACUUGUUUUACGGUGACGGCACCCACCAUGUAAAGCCUUUUCAUUUCCUAGGCAGGGAAACAUGGAGGGAAAAGAAAUAAAGACAAAUUAUGGACCAAAUAAAAAAUGAUCAUCUUUAUUA